AUGGGUCGUUCUUUUUUUCGUGAAUUGUCUGAUGAUGACUCAGAUGAAGAUGAGAUAAUUAUAAAACUUCUCACAAGUUCGACAUCACAACGUAAGCAUCUUUGGUAUAUCGACCGUAAUCAUUUGGCAGCCCAUAGAAGGCUUUAUGAUGACUACUUUGCUAAAGAACCUGUAUAUCCUCCCAAAUUAUUUCGAAGGAGAUUUCAAAUGAGACGUUCUCUUUUUCUCCGAAUCCUAUCUAAGGUAGAAGUUCAUGAACCUUACUUUAUCCGAAAAAGAAAUGUUGCCAAAAAGCUUGGUCUAUCUCCCCUUCAAAAGAUGACCGCUACACUUAGGAUGCUUACUUAUGGAGAAGCAGCUGAUUUUAUGGAUGAAUAUGUGAGAAUAGCAGAAUCCACUGCAAUAACCAGUAUAAAAAAAUUUGUUGCAGCAGUGGUUGCUAUUUUUUCAGAGGAAUACUUGAGGUCACCAAACAAUGAAGACAUCGCUAGAUUGUUAGCCCAUGGCCAAAACCGUGGAUUUCCAGACAUGUUGGAAAGUAUUGAUUGUAUGCAUUGGAAAUGGAAAAAUUGUCCAACUGCAUGGAAAGUGAUGUAUUGUGGUCAUAUUCGUGAGCCAAGUAUUAUUUUGGAAGCAGUGGCUUCAUAUGAUCUUUGGAUAUGA